CAGGCGGUGGUCUCUGUCUUGGGUUAGUUAUAGAAAUAUUUGAAAAGCACCGAAAGUGGCAUUUAGUUUAAAAAAAAUAAGUUAAAAAAGGCUUAGGAUAUGAGCAAUAUUUACAUCCAUCCACACACCAACUGAAGCGUAACGUUAUAACACUCGGAAGGAGAUUACAAUCACAUAGGAUGGUUCCUCUUUAAAAACACGACGGCCCCACUCCAUUACACAUUUCACACCCAGUAGGUGGCGGUGACGCGCAGUUAUUCGAGUUUGCCAGCUGCUUGGAGAGGAGAGUAAGAAUUCAACAAGAAGUGGAAAACAGCAGAGAAACAUGGCAGAGAAAGUGAGUGGUGAAAUGUCGGAAGACAGUUCGGACUCCGCUGCUGCGGUGUCGCAAGACCUUCGGAGUGUUCUGGUCACCAGCGUUCUGAACCUAGAGAAGCUGGAUAAAGAUCUGUACAGAGGGACUCACCACUGGGUACCCCGUACCCGUCGUCUGUUUGGGGGUCAGAUUAUUGGCCAGGCCCUGGUGGCUGCAGCAGAGUCCGUUGGGGAAAACGUCUUGGCUCACUCUCUCCACUGCUACUUUGUACGGGCAGGAGACCCCAAGGUGCCAGUGCUGUACCAGGUGGAGAGGACCAGAGACGGUCGUAGUUUCAGCGUGCGGUCAGUGAAGGCCAUCCAAUACGGUCAGCCCAUCCUCAUCUGCCAGGCCUCCUUCCACAGUAACCAGCCCUCUCCUCUGCAGCACCAGUUCACCAUGCCCUGUCCCCCUCCUGAAGACCUGCUGACGGGGGAGGAACUCAUACAGCUCUACCUCAGUAAGCCAGACUUGGCUGAGAAAGCCAAACAGGGCCUGAACAAGCUGCUAGCUGAUGAGGUUCCCAUAGAGAUUAAACCUGUCAAUCCUCCAGACUUCUACCGCUGCGUUGCCAUGGAACCCAAGAAGCUGUACUGGGUGCGCGCUAGAGGCCACAUCGGUAAAGGUGAUAUGAAGCUCCACUGCUGUGUGGCAGCCUAUGUGUCAGACUAUUCGUUCCUGGACACUGCUCUCCUGCCCUACCCCGGGCAGCGCGCCACUUUCUUAGCCUCUCUGGAUCACGCCAUGUGGUUCCACAACACCUUCAGGGCAGACGAAUGGAUGCUCUACGAGACUGAGAGCUCUUGGACUGGGGGCAGCAGAGGGCUGGUUCAGGGACGUCUGUGGAGGAGAGACGGGGUGCUGGCUGCCAGCUGUGCCCAGGAGGGGGUACUCAGGGUCAAGGCCUUGACGACCAGCGCCGUGGCGAACGAGAGCAAGCUAUAACCAUGACAACCUUUUAAAUGGUUAAUGAAGCCAUGUAGAGUCAGGAGACUGGCUGCGUUUACACAGGCAGCCCAAAUAUGAUCUCUUUUCCGCCAAUUGUUUUUUUGACCGAUCACAUCAGAUCUCUUCACGUAUAUUUGUCAGAGCUAAUAUAAUUGGUCAAAAGACCAAUUAGUGAAAACAAGUCUAAAUAGAGACACCCUGCUGACAAACGGCUGGUGGCCACGGUGUGUUAGUGAUCACCUGCUGGGUGUUGACGAACGGCUGGUGGCCACGGUGUGUUAGUGAUCACCUGCUGGGUGUUGAUGAACGGCUGGUGGCCACGGUGUGUUAGUGAUCACCUGCUGGGUGUUGAUGAACGGCUGGUGGCCACGGUGUGUUAGUGAUCACCUGCUGGGUGUUGAUGAACGGCUGGUGGCCACGGUGUGUUAGUGAUCACCUGCUGGGUGUUGAUGAACGGCUGGUGGCCACGGUGUGUUAGUGAUCACCUGCUGGGUGUUGAUGAACGGUUCAACCUCAUCCCCAGCCUUCAACUUCAGCCUCCAUCCCCAGCCUUCAUCCCCAGCCUUCAACUUCAGCCUACAUCUCCAGCCUCCAUCCCCAGCCUUCAACUUCAGCCUACAUCCCCAGCCUCCAUCCCCAGCCUUCAACUUCAGCCUUCAUCCCCAGCCUACAUCUCCAGCCUCCAUCCCCAGCCUUCAACUUCAGCCUACAUCCCCAGCCUUCAUCCCCAGCCUACAUCCCCAGCCUUCAACUUCAGCCUACAUCCCCAGCCUACAUCCCCAGCCUACAUCCCCAGCCUUCAACUUCAGCCUACAUCCCCAGCCUUCAUCCCCAGCCUCCAUCCCCAGCCUUCAACUUCAGCCUACAUCUCCAGCCUCCAUCCCCAGCCUUCAACUUCAGCCUACAUCCCCAGCCUUCAUCCCCAGCCUACAUCCCCAGCCUCCAUCCCCAGCCUUCAACUUCAGCCUUCAUCCCCAGCCUCCAUCCCCAGCCUUCAACUUCAGCCUACAUCCCCAGCCUUCAUCCCCAGCCUACAUCUCCAGCCUCCAUCCCCAGCCUCCAUCCCCAGCCUUCAACUUCAGCCUCCAUCCCCAGCCUUCAUCCCCAGCCUUCAUCCCCAGCCUCCAUCCCCAGCCUUCAUCCCCAGCCUUCAACUCCAGCCUACAUCCCCAGCCUUCAUCCCCAGCCUUCAACUUCAGCCUACAUCCCCAGCCUUCAUCCCCUGCCUACAUCCCCAGCCUUCAACUUCAGCCUCCAUCCCGUGCCUACAUCCCCAGCCUCCAUCACCAGCCUUCAACUUCAGCCUUCAUCUCCAGCCUUCACCCCCUUAUGCAUCUACAAUCUACUGAACCAUGUGGUGAUGAUUAUAAUGAGUUGAUUCUGACUGAAUAUAUUUUCUGACCAAGAUAAAGAUUUCCAUAUAUAUUAACUAUUUUAUAUUUAAUGAUUUUACCUUUUUAAAUGAUUUGAUAAUUGUUGUUUCUAUUUGUUGUGUCUAUUGUGGUUCCAUAAGCUUCCCUUAUUAAUUGUUCAUAUUUCAAUAAUGUCUAUCUUUUCAGGAAUGUACAGGAAAUGUACAGUCAGGUCCAGUAAUGAUUGACAUCCUUGAUAAAGACGAGCAACAAAGACUGUAUAAAAUAAAUCAUUGAAAUAUUUAGCUAUAUUGUAUGCAAAAAAUGUAAUUUGUUAUUUUAUCCUAGAGAUUUUGUUUAACAAGUAAUAAAAAAAUCUCAAAGAUAGGGG